GGAGCUGAAUAAACUCAGCCUGUUUGGACAGCAGAAACUACUGAGCACUGGUAUCCAUCUUGGGAAUUUAUUUUUCUUCUCAACCAACAUCAGACUAACAUUCCUGCUUUGAUGCUUGUUGUUUUUUUAUUUCUGUUCUUCUGGUCUUAAAUUUUUUACAAACAACCAGAAAAGAAAGUGACAGCUCUUGGCUUUAAUUUUAGCUAACUUUGUGUCAUUAUCAUCAUAAGGUGGUCUUUGCUGGAAUGAAUAUAUCUGAGUCUAGUUAUUGUCCAGAGGCCAGCACUCAGCCCAGCCAGGUUUUGGAGUGUGGAGCAUGGGUCGCUUCGUCAUCUUCCAGCCCAAUAGGUCCUGAGCGCAGCCGCAGGUUUGAUCAUGAAGCAGGUGGUGGAGUGAAGGAGAGGAGAUCAGGAAGCCCGGAUUCAAGCCAAACAAGCAAGGGAAAGUGUGGGGCUGAGCCGAGGAUCCGCAGGCCCAUGAAUGCCUUUAUGGUGUGGGCUAAGGAUGAACGCAAGCGGCUGGCAUUGCAGAAUCCAGAUCUGCACAAUGCUGUGCUGAGCAAGAUGCUGGGCCAAUCUUGGAAGGCUUUGAGCACGCUAGACAAGCGGCCCUUUGUAGAGGAAGCCGAACGUCUUCGGCUGCAACAUCUCCAAGAUCAUCCCAACUACAAAUACCGUCCACGACGCAAAAAGCAGCCCAAAAAGAUGAAGCGAGUGGAGCCUGGCCUGCUUCUCCAUGGUCUAGGAGGUUGCUCGGGGAGUGGAGAUGGAUACCCCCAGCACCCUCAUCCUCACCACCUUCUUCCUUCUUUGGGUCACUUCCGAGAGCUUCACCCUGGAUCUGGUUCACAGGAUCUGGAGAUCUAUGGCCUUCCUACGCCAGAGAUGUCUCCUCUGGAUGUCCUGGAGGAGGGCGGAGGAGACUCUGUCUUCUUUCCCCCUCACAUGCAGGAUGAUGUGAGCUUGGCACCUUGGGUCAACUAUCAUCAGCACCAACAGCAAAGCCAAAGCCACCAUGUUAACCACCUUAACCCGAAUCUCCACUCUCUCCACCACCCCCACCUUAACCAGAAACCCGCACCAGGUUGCCGUUCCAUGCAAGAGAAAUCAUCAGAAUCUACGAACUGUCACAAUCUCUUUCCUUCGCAUUCUAGUUUAAGCAUGCCAGAACAGCAUAAAGUUUCACAUCCCUCUAGUGUUCCACUUCAGUGUGUUUACUAUGGUCAGAUUUAUGGAAACACCCCACAACAGCCCUUCACCUCUCAACUUGGCCAACUUUCUCCCCCUCCAGAAUCAUCCACCCCUGUUCCUGCUCCUCCACCAGUUCCAACACCCUCCCUGGACAAUAACGACCUAGGACCUUCGGAAGAUUUCUGGAGCGAAGUGGACCAUCAUGAAUUUGAGCAGUAUUUGAGUGCCAGCAGGACUCGAGUAAACAGGAGCACUGCUUGUGAAGAAAGCAGCCCACUCAUAUCAGCCCUGUCUGAUGCCAGCAAUGCUGUUUACUACAGCACCUGUAUAACUGGAUAAACUGGACAUUAUCCUCUAGCAAAUGCUAGUUCUAAAAUCAGGUGUAAAUUAUGUUUUGUUUUUUUGCAAGAUUAUCAAUAUUUGUUUGAUUUGCUAAUUACAUUUUACAUGUUUUGCUUUUUUAAUUGACUUGUUUCAAAUAUUGAUAAAGAAAUUGAAUAGUUUGUUUUUGUAUUUGUUUUAUUUUUGGGUUUUUUAGAAAUUGCGGAAGAAUACGUGUACAUUCCAGACUACAGAAAGAUGUUUUAUUUUGCACCACUUUUUUUUUUUUUUUUUUUUUUUACAGGCUUCAUGAUGUAUAUUUCCACAAUCAGUUUGUCAAAAGUUUAGCAGACUACAUUCAUCUACAGUAUUCACAGCGAUCAAAUUGAGGCUCCAAAAGCAGGGACACUAAGAAUGUGAAUGUUUCUUUCAUUUUCUCAGAGUGUUUUGUAUUUUUUUGCAAUCUUUCUUUUAUAUAAUUGUUUAAAGAAAUAUAUUAUGUUUUGCACUGGGUCAGAAUGUUUUGAACUGUAUGAGAAACCACUCCUUAAAUUCUGCACUUGAUGUCUUCUCAAGCAAGGAAAGCCGUGUUCAUGAAAGAGACCACAAAAUCAUCUCUGGAAUUUGGAUCUCUUGAAGACUGUAAUUUAUUGAGUCUUUUCUUGCCAUAUGACUGGAAAAGGUCAUUUAGUAUGUAUGUGUAUGUAUGUAUAUAUGUAUUUUAUUAAUCCUCAGUAAAUGUAUUGUGUAAUCCUCUGAGUCAGCAGUUGAGAGACUUUGAGUUAGUAAUAUCUUUCCAGCUUUUGGUAGUAAUUAUCUUCAAAUAGAAGUGUUUUCAAUAAAAAAAGUCUCUCAGCCAUUCAAUCAAAAGAUGUAAUUGGAAACAUACAAUUGUGUUCCAUAGAAACGUUUUCCCACACUGAAGAGGAUUUUGAUUUUAUACAUGUGAAAAUUUUUUUUUUGCAUUUUAAAACUUUUGUUCUUAAAAAUAAAUACAUUUGUAUUGCACAUCAA